GGCACGCUUUUUCGUGUUAGAAAAAUACUUUCGAUAAAAACAAUUUGUUGGCGAACAAACUGAUGUUUCGUUGUUCGUGUACUUUUUGAUAAUUAAACAAAUAGAAUCGACUGGCCCCCGAACAAUUAAACAGGAAAUGAAAUCAACGCUCCGAUACAGCUAUAAGAUGUCGAGCGACAUGUUGUUAUCGGCAAUAGUUCGUGAGUCAGAUGUAUACGCACUGUGACUAUUGCUACAAAACAGAGAGCUUUGUACUUAAUUACGAUGACGUUACGACUGACCAUUUCUCUACACGUUGUGUUAUUUGUACUGCAAGGUGUGACUGGGCAAUGUCCAAACGGCAGAAAGAAAAGAUCUUUCGUUGAUGCUGAUCAACUCAAUGCACUCAACAUUACAGAUAGAUUAGAGUCGCCAGACUACGUUGAACAAAGCAACAGUGUUAAUAUAUCAUGCUCGCUAUUGUCAGUUAACAUGAGUUUCAGUCAUGCAUACUUGGCUGGUUUUGAUGUCGCUUCAAUAAAAGAACUUGUAUUACUUGACAAAGACUACGAACCAAUCAAUGACAGCAGUUGUAGGGCAGUCAGUGAGGAUUCGUUUUACAAAUUUUCAAUGAUAAAAACGUUUGCGAAAUGCGCGAAUAAUAUCAGAUUACACAAUAGCAUACUGUCGAUCAAUUAUACAGUUCUAGUAGUCCCUGAUGCACAACAAGGUGUUGUAUCAAGAAAACCAACCAACUUUAUACAGCUGAGUUGCGCUUACAGACGUGAUCUCAACACGACUCUUGGAAAAAGGACGAAAGUAAUAAUACCUAUUGAUGGGAGUUGUAUAGAUGUGGCAAGACGUUGGCAUCAAGUAUUCAUAGACAUACAGGGUAGGAGAGUUCGACAAAAACGGCACCCGGAACCAGAUUUCGUGGUUUGGCUCUGGUUCAAUCUAAAGCGAGUACAAAGAUGGCGACCGUGUCUUCGUAAAAUUAUAAGGUACGAACACUACAUCGACCACAUUCUUGGAUUCGUAACUAUCCGUAACCACGAAGAUACACAUUUUCCCUGUCUUUUAUAAAAGAUAUUACACAAUUUAUAUCGCUCCUCUGUAUACGACGAAUCAUAUAAACAGAUAUAUUAACCAAA